GCUGUGGACAUGGAGCCCCGGGACGCCCGGGCCGAGAUGCGCAGGGCCCCGCGGCUGCUGGUGCUGGUACCGCUGCUCCUGCUGGGGGCGCUCCCAGGUGGCCAGGCUGAGAUGCAGGUGUCUGUGCCCCCCCUGGUGGAGGUGAUGAAGGGGGAGCCCGCCACCCUGGACUGCACCCCUUUGGGGGUCAAUAACCAGUUCCAGCUGAAAUGGUUCCUGACCGAACGCUCUGGGGCCCGCUCUGGGGCCCGGACGCUCCUGGCAGAGGUCCAAGUGCAGGGCUCUAAGAUCCAGCCCAAGGUGCACAACCCUGCGAACCGCAGCCCCCCAUACGAGCUGGAAGGCCAGGGGCGCCUGGUGCUGGCGGAGGCCCAGGUGAGCGACCAGCGGGACUAUGUGUGUGUGGUGACGACAGGGGCAGCGAGCACCGCAGAGGCCACCGUGAGGCUCCAGGUAUUUGCAAAACCAGAGACCACCGACGUCUCCCCCAACAGAGGGACUCUGUCUGUGAUGGAUGACAUUGCCCAGGAGAUCGCCACCUGCCAAAGCCGCAACGGGAACCCAGCCCCCCAGAUCCAGUGGUACCGGAAUGGGCAGCCCCUGCAGGUGCCCAUGGAGGUGAACUCAAACAGCUACAUGACCAGCCGCACAGUGCGAGAGGCCUCUGGCCUGCAGUCUCUCACCAGCACCCUCUACCUGCGGCUGCACAAGGAGGACCGGGACGCCAGCUUCCACUGCUCAGCGAACUACAGCCUGCCCCAGGGCCGGUAUGGCCGCCUGGACAGCCCUGCCUUCAGCCUCACCCUGCACUAUCCCACGGAGCACGUGCAGUUCUGGGUGGACAGCCCGUCCACCACAGACGGCUGGGUCCGUGAGGGCGACUCCGUCCAGCUGAUCUGCCGUGGGGACGGCAGCCCCAUGCCGGAGUACACGUUCUACCGCCUUCAGGACAAGGAGGAAGUGCUGAAAACAGACCUCGAGGGGAACUUGACCCUGGAGAGCGUGCAGCGCGGCCAGAGCGGAACCUACGGCUGCAGGGUCGAAGACUAUGACGCCGCAGAGGACGCUGAGCUCUCCAAGACCCUGGAGCUGCGCGUGGCCUACCUGGACCCCAUUGAGCUCAGCGACGGGGAAGAACUCUCCUUACUCUUGGGCAGCAAAGUAGCCACGUCCUGCUCCGUGCAAGGCCUGCCGGCCCCUGCUCUACGCUGGACCAAGGACUCGGUGCCCCUGGUGGAUGGCCCCACACUCUCACUCAGCUCCGUCACCUUCGAUUCGGCUGGCACCUACAUAUGUGAGGCCUACAUGCCCACCGUGCCCCUCCUCAGUCGCACCCAGAACCUCAAGCUGCUGGUCGAAGGGUCCCCCGAGUUGAGGCAUGAGGAGACUCAGAGGGCACAGGGCAGCUGGAGAGAAGGAGAUGAAGUCAAGCUGGUCUGCUCUGCCCGCGGCUACCCAGAGCCCAAACUCACCUGGAGCGCAAAGGGUGACAGUUCCACAGAGCCGGUCCCCGGAGGGCAGGGCUGGGUGAGCAGCUCCCUGACCCUGAAGGUGACCAACGCCAUGAGCCAAAAUGGCGUCUCCUGUGAGGCCUCCAACCUCCAUGGGAGCACCCACCACGUCUUCCACUUCGGCCCCCUGGCCCCCGAGGCCUCCCAGGCGGGGAUAGUUGUCAUGGCCGUGGCCAUCAGCGUGGGCAUCCUGCUUCUGGUCGUUGCUGCCUUCUACUGCAUGAGACGCAAGGGGCGCCCCGGCUGCUGCCGCAAGAGGGAAAAGGGGGCUCCGCCAGCUGGGGAACCAGAGCUGAGCCACUCGGGGUCCCAGAGGCCAGAGCAGACAGGCCUUCUGGGAGGUGCCUCUGGAGGAGCCAAGCGUGGCAGUGGGGGCUUUGGAGAUGAGUGCUAAGCCUGAGGACCUCCAAGAGACAGUCAUUGGACCCAACCUGGAGUUGCGGCAUCAGAGAACCAGCCCUGCUCACGCCUUGCCCGCCCCCGCCUUUUCCCGGCCUUCCCUCUUCCCUCUGGCCCUCCCUUCCUUCCUCUGCCGGCAGGGCAGGGACCUACAGACACUGCUGGGAGGGAGGCGGGGAGGGUACGCUCAUGGGUGGGAGGGAGCCUUCCUCCAGGGAGUAUGACUCUCCCAGGCCCCAGAAUAGCUUCUGGACCCAAGCCCAGGGCCUGGCCUGGGACAAGGCUCCGAGGGUCGGCUGGCCGAGGCUAUUUUUACCUCCGGCCUCCAUUGCUGGUCCCCCCACCUGACGUCCUGCUGCAUAGUCUGACACUGGAUCCCCACCCCUGCUCCGCCCCCUCAUCAUGGACACUGGAGUCUGGAAUAAAUGCUGUCUGUCACGUCGACA